AUGUCUGCCGUAAUAGCCUGUGAAGAGGUUGUGCGCAAUAUAGCUGCACAUAUCGAGGGCUUCCUGCCUGCAGGGCAUCUGGUAAGUUUCUUUACAGGCCAAAACGACAACUUUGCUUGGCCAAGAUGUGCUGGAGACACAGCCGGGAAGUCUGAGUCCUUUGUCCAAGCCAAUCGAACUUCCGUAGGCAAUGGCUUUGAUCUGAGAGCGCGGUUCAACCUGACUCUUGGUCGCUCGGAUGUCGAUAAGAGCAUUCAGGAGCUUGACAGAUCCAUUCUUGUUCUCGAACGCCUGUCUGCUGCCGUGGCGGCGAAUCGAGGGGCGAGCGAAGCCGCUAUCUCACUCACGGCCACAAAGUUCGUAGUGGCAGUUGCGAAAUCCACGGACCAUGCUGCAAGGCUGUACUCAGCCAUUGCCAACAGAUGGAUCUGCAAAUUCCACAAAUCCCAUGAAAUUAAGCUGAGGCUCGACAGAAGGCUACCAGCUCUUACCCGUGCCGCUCUCAAGGCAGACCAGUUGGCGACCAAAGGAUCGGUGUUUGAGGUUGUCUUCCGCUGCGACCAGCCCCAAAAUGAUAUCCGUUGGCAUGAGAGCAAGGUCGAAAUACUCGAAGAGGCUCAUAUCAAUGGAUCAGCGGCCACCUUGUCACAGCCGCCAAUAGGGUCCAAUCCGCGUCCGAAGGUUACAAUCUCGAUACCGUCGGCCGUAGUGGCUCUGCCGGCAACUUCCCAAAAAGUGGAUUGCCGAUGCUCCUCCCUGAACCGCGCAAUUACUGCCAACAAGAUGCUGCACCUGCACAUUGCCUCUCAGGCGAAAUUGCAUUGCGACCACCGCGAAUGCCCGUCACUUUCUUCUGCCGAGAGGUUCGACCUAUACGAAACACCAUGGUUGGACAAGAGCUGGUCGAAAGAAGCCAUUCAAUUUAUGAAGGUGCCGGAUGGCCACGGCCAAGGCGUGUCAGCAAUGGACAUCGACUUCACCAAACCGGUAAUCUCCCACGAGUUCUCCUCCGCGUCUCACCGUUCAGCGAAACAUCUGCAACCCAAGGAGGCACUCCUUGAGCUUGGAAUCACGCUUCUUGAGCUCUGGCACGAGAAGACGAUCGAGGAUCAUUUCUCUGGAAUACCCGUACCGGCCGACUAUUGGGGCAAACUUCGACUGGAAUCAAUUUGGCUUGAUGACAUGACAAACCCUUUGCUCCCACAAUAUCGGCUUGCCGUGGCACAGUGCGUCAAAUGCUUCUUCGGUGGCAGAUUCUGCAGUCCUAGCUGGGACGACUUUGAAUUUCGAAAGGCGUUGGUUAGGGAUAUGGUCGAGCCGUUGCAUGAGAACAGCAAGCCAUGGUUAUGA